AAACCGGGGCGAGUCGAGACCAGCCCGGCGCGGGCACGAGCGGGACCUGCCGCGCGCCCCACCGCCCCCGCCUGCACCCCGACGCCGGCCCCAGGCGGAGGCGCCGGGGAGGCCAUGGAGGCGGCGGUGCCGGCGGAGGAGGCGUUGGUGCUGGUGGAGUACGGCUUCGAGUACCGAGCCAAGGACGGGACCUUGGUCUCCAUCAAGCCCAACGAGCGCUACGUCCUGCUGAAACGGACCAACCACCACUGGUGGCACGUCAAGAGGAGCGGGGACGCCCGGCCCUUCUACAUCCCUGCCCAGUACGUGAAGGAGCUGCCCCCCAUCGCCUCCCCGGCCCCUCUCGACCCCCCGCCGCUGCCGCCGCCGCCGCCACCGGGGCACGCCGGGACGCAGCCGGCCACGCUCGUCCCCCAGCAGCCACCAGCCUACGAGUAUCGCUUCGUCGGUGCCGCCGCGACGGAGGAGCCGGCCGGAGGAUGCUCCGUGCCCCGGAGGGACUUGGUGGCCCAGAGGGACUUGGUGACCAGGAGGGAGUCGGUGCCCCAGAGGGACUCGCUGCCAGCUCUCAGCUCUUUCCGGGUGCCCCCCAGGCUGACCCCCCACCCCGCCGAGCCCGUGCGCCCCUCGCACUCCCUGGAUGACCUGGCACGGGUGACGCCGGUGCCACGCAACGCCAGCGCCGUGGGGUGGCGCGGAGACCCCCCCGGACACCCUCGCCCGCUUGGCAAGAGCCGCUCCGAGACUCUCUACGGCCCCGGCAAGGACAGGGACGUGGCCAGGAAGUGGCCGGGGUCCGGCCAUGAGGCUCAGGUGCGCAAGGAGCCGGAGGAGCCGCCCGCCCCCAUCUACCUCAACAUCCAGGAGCUGCAGGAAGAAGCCGCAGCCGCCGGCUCGGCCCCGGAGGAAACCGGCAGCUCCGUGUCAGACUGGGAAACCCACACGGAUACGGACAGUGGACGUUUGUUUUAUUAUAACCCGGUGACGGGCGAGACCACGUGGGAUUGUCCCUUUGGGCAGGCAGAAGAUGGAGUGAGACGUCGUGACCCCCCCCAUGCAGGAGACAGAAGGAGCUCCCAGGAUAUGUACCCUGGGGUGACGCGGUACGGGCCCAUGGAGCAGAGGCCCCCCACUCCGGAAACGGACUAUCCCGACCUGUCUCCAGAUGAGCUGGAGGGUUAUCCUGAGGAGGACUACUCGCCCGUGGGCUCCUACGAGCAGGGGGCUGCUUUCUGUCUGUCCCCCAGGCGCUCCGAGGAGCUGGGCUCACCCCCGGCAUGGUACGGGCACGGCCACCCCGAGGGAGCCCUGCUCAGCCCCGAGCACUUCACCUCCGACACGGUGCCGACCAGUGGCCGCCACCACCGGGCCAGCAGCAGCUCCAGCCAGGACAGCGGGCACUUUGCCUGGCACGGCACCGUGUCACCGGCGCUGGGGCUCAAGGAGGAGAAGUUUAAAAGCCUCGAAAAAGCCGGAGUGCUCAACCGGACCAAGAUGGUGGAUAGAGGGAAGCGGCUCCGGAAGAACUGGAGCUCCUCCUGGACGGUGCUGGAGGGGGGGAUCCUCACCUUCUUCAAGGACUCCAAGCACUCGGCUGCCGGAGCCUUGCGGCACCCCAGCACCCUGACCACCCCCGAGCACACGGUGGAGCUCCGUGGGGCCACCCUUGCCUGGGCCAGCAAGGACAAGUCCAGCAAGAAGCAUGUCCUGGAGCUGAAGACGCGGGAGGGCUCGGAGUUCCUCAUCCAGCACGACUCGGAGCAGAUCAUCGCCGCCUGGCAGAAGGCGAUCGCCGACAGCAUCGGCAGGCUGGCCACCGACCUCCCCGGAGAGGAGGACGCCGAGAGCGGGGCUGAAUUCGGCUCCCGGGAGAAGCUGGGGGGCGGCGAGGAGAAGAGGGCAGCAGCCGGGCAGGCGACGGGCAGUGCCGGCGGCGAGAGCGACUCCAGCAAAGUCCGGAACAAGCUCCGCAAGUUCCUGCAGAGGCGGCCGACGCUGCAGUCCCUGCGCGAGCGGGGCUACAUCAAGGAUCAGAUUUUCGGCUGCUCCCUGCAAGCGUUGUGCGAGCGGGAGCGGGGGACGGUGCCGCGCUUCGUCCUGCAGUGCAUCCAGACCGUGGAGAGGAGAGGUCUGGACAUCGAUGGGCUGUACCGGGUCAGCGGCAACCUGGCCACCAUCCAGAAACUGCGCUACAAAGUGGAGCACGACGAGCACCUGGACCUGGAUGAUGGGCGCUGGGAGGACAUCCAUGUUGUCACCGGGGCGCUGAAGCUCUUCUUCAGGGAGCUGCCGGAGCCGCUCGUCCCCUUCGGCCACUUCGACAAGUUCAUCGCUGCCAUCAAGAUGCAGGACCCGACCAGGCGGGGCCGGUGCAUCCGUGACCUGGUGUUCUCCCUCCCUCCCGCCCACCACGACACCAUGAAGGUCCUUUUCCGCCACCUCUCCAGGGUGAUCGAGUACAAGGAGGAGAACCGCAUGUCGGUGCAGAGCAUCGCCAUCGUCUUCGGCCCCACGCUGCUGCGGCCGGCGAGCGAGGAGGGCAACAUGGCCAUGCACAUGGUCUUCCAGAACCAGGUGGUGGAGCACAUCCUCAACCAGUACGGCUACAUCUUCCCCGAUGGCUAAAAACCCCUCGGGGACACGCGCAGGGACAAGCCCAGCACCGGGGACAUGAAGGAGCAGCAUCUCAGGGGAAGGACUCGGCCGCGUGUCACCUCGGACCAUGGGUGGUGGCAACGGCGGGUUCCAUGAAAGGCGGCGCGGUGGCCCGGCUCGCUCGGGACGCGGCUCGAGGGCCGGCCGCCGGAGCUGGGGACACCCCGAGCACCCCAUCCUCCGCUGCCACCCGCUCCCGCCGGGGAGGUUGAACCCCAGGGGGUGCGUGGGGUUUGGGGGGGCGGGACACGAUGGAGCCCCGCGGUCCCCGGCGGGGCCAGCGGCAGCGGUGACGGCCGGGCAGUGCCCGCGGGGACGGUGCCACCGGCGGGGCCGGCAGGGAGAAGCCGGGCUGUGCCAUGGCCGGAGCCGGCGUCCGGCACGAGCCGCCGUAUUCCCGAAUAAAGAGCCCGUUC